UCAAAGAUGAGUCGGGUUGUCAGUCAGUUUUGAUGUUGACUGGCCUCUAUUUAUUCCCCCACUCUUCAUUUCCCCAUGCAAGUCUUCUCAAGGUUCAAUUCCUGUCCAGCUAGUUUGCUUAGUGCAGGAAAAUGGCUCUUUUUGGUUUCUUUAUGGUGGGGUUUAUCUCCAUGGUCGCGUCAGUUAAUGGGUAUUAUGGAGGUUGGACAGAUGCUCAUGCCACUUUCUAUGGUGGAGGUGAUGCUUCUGGGACGAUGGGCGGGGCUUGUGGGUAUGGAAACCUAUACAGCCAGGGUUAUGGGGUUAACACAGCAGCACUGAGCACUGCAUUGUUCGACAAUGGCCUAAGCUGUGGGGCUUGCUUUGAAAUUAGAUGUGCAAAUGAUCCACAAUGGUGCCUCCCUGGCUCCAUUGUGGUCACCGCCACAAAUUUCUGCCCACCAGGGGGUUGGUGUGACCCUCCCCGCCCCCACUUUGAUCUCUCUCAGCCAAUCUUCCAACACAUUGCCCAAUACAGAGCUGGGAUAGUUCCUGUAGUUUACAGAAGGGUAAGUUGCAGAAAAAGUGGAGGUAUUAGGUUCACCGUCAAUGGUCAUUCCUACUUCAAUUUAGUUCUAGUGACCAAUGUUGGUGGUGCUGGGGAUGUGCAUGCGGUUUCCAUCAAGGGCUCAAGAGGUGGCUGGCAGGCAAUGUCCCGGAAUUGGGGCCAAAAUUGGCAGAGCAAUUCAUAUCUCAAUGGACAAAGCCUCUCUUUUGUUGUCACAACCAGCGAUGGACGCAGUGUGGUUUCAUACAAUGUUGCCCCGACCAGUUGGUCCUUUGGACAGACUUAUACUGGUGGACAGUUUCGCUAUUAAACGUCCCUCACUCUAUUAAGACUGAUUACACCAUGUCUACUAAAGUAUGGCAAGGCUAUGGUUAAAAAAUCCUACAGAUUUAUAUUAAAAAGCAGAGUAUAUAGGACCCUUAAUAUUGGCUCAAAAUGGCAAGGUUUGGUUUGAAAAGGUCCUCUCCGUUUAAAUAUGAUUGUGAGUUUUUGCAGUUCAUGUCUCGCUUUGUUUUGAAGCCUGGAGACCUUAUUUAAUUAGUUGCUGGAGAGAGAGAGAGAGUUAAUGGCAGCUAGGUGGUGCAGAUUUACUACCUGCCUGUAGUGCAUCGAAGUAUGAAAAGCAAGUCUUUAACGUUCUGUUGAUGGUAGUUUGGCACUGUAAUUUUACUGCCUGCCGCUAUGCAUCAAAGUGUAAGAACUGUCUAGAUAAUGCAUUUACAGGAGGCAUCUAUGCUUAUCUCAGAAAAAAUUGCAUCGAUAAUGAUAUAUGCUUGUAUCUCGAA